AUGAGUGAGCACCAGCCAGGGGUAGCAGAUCUUGUCGCUGCCUUAGACAGACUCUCUCUAGCCAUCCAGGCAAGACCAGCAACAGCAGCUGCAGCAGCAUCCGCCAGCCCUGCCCCUUCGGAGUGGGAGUUGAUUCGAGAGGAGGAAGAGGAGGAGUUUCGCCUGAGUUCAGAGCGAAGAGAGCAUUUGAAGCAGGACACUGGGCACGGCUCGCCCUUGCUGGCCGCCUGGCCAAGCCAAGGGCAACCUUGGCUUUAUCUGAACCGCAUCACUGGUCAUUUCGACCAGUCUACCAUUUGCCACGGCUUCCCCAGUCUGGCAGAGGAGGAGGUUGCGAUGGAAGGCAUCACACCCAUGUUGUUCCGGUGGCCUUUGCCGGAGGAGGAAGAACCACUUCCAGUCCAGGCUAUCCCACUUCUUCGAAGGCAAGAUGGGAUCUUGAUGGCAUUCCCCAGCACAGCUAUCACAGAUGCAAUGGCAGACGCAUGGUCAGAACCAAACCACCCAGGAGAGGAGGCUUUGGUAGGAGCAAGGAUGAGAUGCUUUGUCCCGGUUUUCACAGGGAUUGGAGAGCCAGAGAGAUCCGUCGAGGUCCUUGUAUUGGAUCUAGCAUCUCCACCUGGCGACACAAUGUUCGAGCCCUACAAAGAGGAGCUGGCAGACUUCCCUUUUGCCAUCAGGUUCUUGGAGGAGGGAAAUGUGGAUACUAUGAACAUGGACAACCUUAUGGCCCAGGUCAGGGAGUGGUUGUCACAAGAGCUGGGGGACAGGAUGGCGUUCUACUCAGCGCAGGAAGAGGAAGAAAUACCGGGAGAGGCAUCUUCCCCCCCAAUGCGCAGGAAGAGCGCUUUGCGGCCAGGCAGGCCAAGUCAUCCCGGUGGCACUUCUAUCAGCGGGCCCGGCAUGCCCGUAGCACCACAGCACAAAGCAGCCACCCCCAAGAAACCUACUGUGGCCAGCCUUGCAGCAAAGGUCGACCAGAUCAUGGACGUCUUGCCGACCCUUACAGCACAACUACAAGCAAUGGCAGACCAGCAGGAGAGGCUGGGACCAGUCUCCCCUUCCCGGACCAGCCCGAAAGCAAACCAGCCAUAUACUCAGCCGGCACCCAGGGCAAGCAUGCCCCUAUCUUCCCAGCUGGUCAAGCAGCAAACCAGCCCUACAGCUUUGGCAUCCUUGCUGGGCCCCCCUCCAAGAACUCGUUUUUCCCCAGAGGAGCCCCCAUCUGCCCAGAUUCGGCAGAUGGCAGAAGACGAGCCAGUGGAGAUGGAUGCAGACCCCCAAAACCAACCUGCCGACCACUACCUGGCAGCCCUACUGGCCCAGAGCAGGGCUUUGAAUACCCUGGUGAGUCUUUUCUUCUUGAAGGUCUGCCAGAACAUCCACAGAAGGAUGGAUCCAGCUGGGUCAAUGCCAAGUACUGUGGAGGAGGCCAAGGGUACGUCUCUGACAAACUACUUGGAGAGGUUUGGGGGCUUUGGCCAAAACCGAGAGCUGGGCCUAGUGAUGUGGGCCUUAGCUCACAUUUUCAACCAUGCCUCCCGAGGCAACACCCUAGCAGUCCAGGACCAUGUGGCAAUGCUAGCUGUGAUGAUCGAACAGGCUGCGCUGGACGGAGGAAACUGGCAGGUUGCCUGGAGGGAGGAAGCCCUUCGGAGCGCUAUGCUCCCAAACAUGGGCGACUACAGCCCUGGCAUAUAUAAAGGAGAACGAGAUUCUCUUCAACAAGCGGGCCGAAGCAACAGGGGCCAAAAACUCCCAGAGCCCGGGACCUCCAACAUACAACCCAAAAGCAAAGCCAAAGCGCAGGCCAGGAGGAGGCAACCAAAACACUGUGCCCCCCCAGCAGCAGCAGGCGCCUCAGGAGAACCACGGGUGAUCCCAGGAAGUGAUGGCCCGACAGCACACUAUGAGGAGUGCGAGGAGCAACAUCCAAGCACCCACACCAUGCAAGCAGAAUUUGACAAUGUUUCACAGGAGCAGGUGAUCCCAGACAGCAUAGCUUCUUUUUCUUUCUCCUUUAGCUCCUGGUGUUUCUCACUCAUCCGUCAGGUCCUCGCCACUCGCACAGAUUUUGGCAGGUACCUGGCUUCCACUUUGUGUCUCCGCCGAGAUGGCCCAGAUUCAUCUCCUACCGCUCUGUUUCCAUUGCCGCUGCCUUGCUUCCACCCUGCAGCUACUCUGGACCCAAAGGUGCCAAAGAGGAGGAGGUAUGAAAGUAUGAUUGACCGGCAGUUGUGGGUCGUGAUCUGUGCUCUGAACUACACUUACUGUUCACGAGCGACCUUUCCUCUUGAGCUUCUGAGGAGGCAGCCAAACAAGUUGCGACAAAAAGCAAUUGACAGAUUGAGGCUGCUUGUACGAGCGUGUGAUCCUGGAGCCGCAAUUGAAGUCGCCUCCAGUGGCAGAAAGAAUUUGGUUUUAUUGGCUCGGUUACAAGAACUGACCACAGCAGCAUGUGCAUUGGGGUUUUCUACAAAUCCCUACCAUGAGGAGUCAGCAGGUAUGAGAUUGCCCAAGAACAAUUCAUGGGAUCCGCGCCUGAAGCCAUACGGCGCGCUGGAUGCUGAGAGAUUGAAGAUCACAGGCACUGGGGCUUGGGAGGCAGAGAAGUACCUCAGUGACGAGCUCUGGAUGCCCUAUGCUGAGAAAAGCAGUGCCGUUUUUGGGCUUUUUCAGAAAUGGGAUGAGAACAAUUUGUUGGAGCUACACUCUGCAAAAGUUGUCCCUGCGGGCUGCGAGGGCAAAAUUUGCCGGCUGAUUUUGCGGAAAGACCAUGGCGUGAGAAUCUGCGUGACUGACCGUUCAGAUUUUUACCACCAGAUGGCUUGCAGUUUUGAGAGGUCCAGAUCAAAUUUGGUUUGGCCCCCUAUGGACUUGGGGCAGUUCAAAGGUUUUGCAGCCUAUGACAGGUUUGUGCAACGAGCUUCUACAGCGAGCAGAAAAGUGGAUAGGACAGUCUUUGGCGAUGAGUUUGCAGAGCCAUUCUUUUUUGACAAGGACACGUCAGAUUCCUGUCAGGUUUUUGGAUCUUUUCGGUCCGUGCUGCAGGGGGACCAGCUUGGGGUAGAGUUUGGAAUUUCUGCCCACGUUGGUCUGCUGAUGGCUGAGGGCGUUUUACAUGAGGAGCACAUGUUGAGAGCUGACAGGUUGCCAAAGCCCAGUGGUCUUUUUCAAGGGCUGGUCAUUGAUGAUUUCUUCAACAUAGCAGAGGUCCCUUCCUCCUCGCUGCGAGGGCCUCCUCGCUCCCAGGACAAUAAGGGCCUCAAAGCUUUUGCCCAGGCAAAGAGGAUCUACGAGUCAGAGGGCUUGAAGGGAUCAGACCCAAAGGACAUAGUAGAUCAGCCCAGAGCAACUGUCGUGGGAGCGCACGUGGACUCCUCUCCAAGUAUGACAAAGCAAGGCCAUGUAGGUGUUGCAGCCCCUCCAGAGAAACGUUUGGCGUUGACUUGGAUAGCAUUGCAAUCUGCGAAACUGGCAUAUACAACAGGAGACCUCCACGCCUCUUUGGUGGGGGGCUUGGUCUCAGCCUUUUGUUUUCGAAGACCAGCUAUGGCAGUGCUUGACAAGGUUUUUGGAACGGUGCCAAACGAGACCAGCUCAGCAACAGAGAAUGUCCUUUUUGCUUUGCCUCGCAAGCAUGCGAACGAGCUUGCCUUAGCCUCGGCCAUCUUACCAGUAGCUGCUUCGAACAUCUUGGCUCAGGUAUCUUCCACAGUCUAUGCUUCGGAUGCUUCAAAUGAGAAGGGAGCCUUUUGCUGUUGCAAGGUCUCCCCUAGGGUCAGUGAAGCACUAUGGUUGAGCGGAGAUUUCAAAGGUGCGAGGUCUUUUUUGGAGCCUUGGCCAAGGAGUUUCUUGCGGGCGGCAGAAAGUGCAGAGGAGGAGGACUGGGAAGGCUGGAGAGAGGAGGCACCAGAUGCCUGGCGCACAGAGGAUGAGGAUCCUGCCGCUGCCCUCGGUCCAGAGCGGCCCCUUGCUUGUUUUUAUGACUUCAUUGAGGUUUGCGGAGGCAGUGGAGUUUUGUCUGAUGAGAUGGCUAGAAGGGGCUUCGUGGUAGGGCCAAUCAUAGACAUCACUUACAGCAGACAAUUUGACCUGAUCUCUCACAGGGUCUUCAGCUGGCUCCUCUUCAUGAUCCAAAACAGAAGGGUCAGAAGCAUUGCCAUAGAGCCGCCUUGCACAACCUUCUCUCCGGCAGCUCACCCUGCGGUGCGCUCAUAUGUGCAGCCAAGAGGCUUCUGUCAGGAGAACCCAAAGGUCUGGGUCGGCAACAGAUUGGCUUUCCGGGGGUUGGCACUUUUAUGGGCAGCCCUAUAUGCAGAAGUCCUGGGCUUGCUCGAGACUCCCAGGAGAUCAAAAAUGGCUUGGCCGGAGGAGUGGCUCUACCUUUUGAGCUUGCCGGGUAUCAGAGAGGUCUCCACUGCCUCAUGUGCUUUCGGCAGUAUCCACCAGAAGGAAUUUCGUUUCCUUACUUGCAACAUGAAUCCUGAGGAGAUUGUGCGCAAGUGCAGGCAGCUCACAAAAGGGACGGCCGUUUACUGUGCAGGGCUUGUCAAGGCUUUGGGAAAGCUUUUUCAAAAACACCUCCAGCUUGAGGAGAGGCUCCGGAGCAAGUGCGACUUUGAUGAGAAGGGACUUGAGGAGCCCCUUGCAAACGAAGUUGUGAGAUGCGAGGAGUGGAAAGUUGUAUCAAGCUGGAAGUGGAAUGGCAGGAGCCAUAUCAAUAUUUUUGAGAUUGCCUCUUAUCUCCAAGCUUUGAAAGAUGCAGCUAGAGAAGGAGGAGGACGUUUCUCUUUCCUGCUGGACUCCUCAGUUGCCCUGUUUUCGACUUCAAAAGGUCGGAGUUCCUCAAAAGCGUUGGCACCACUUCUCAGGAAGAUCAUGGCGAUUGCUAUCGCUUUUGGGGUAUUUGCCUCAAAUCACUUCUGUCCAACACGCCUCAAUGUCUCUGAUGAUCCCACUCGUUCAUGCCAGCUGCGAGAAGCUGUCCCUCAUGAUCCCAUUUACCAUGCCUUGGACUUUGAUGGACUUUACAAGCUGGCUGAACUCCCCAAACUUAGACGAUGGACUUCGAACUGGGUAAUCCUGGUCCUUGGACUUUCAGGACAGGGACACUUCUCACUGCCAGGUCUGACUCGACAAGACUGGCGUUGCAGGCAGAGGGGUCUUCCAAUCUCACUCCACCAGACUGUCUUGGAUUUUGACAGCACUUUGGGAUUUCCAGGUGAGGGCCCUUUCCCUUUUGGAUUUGGAGGUUUUUGGAUUUUCCUGGUAGUUAGUAGUAGUGCCCCCGGUAGGACAUGGACUUUGGUAGGUAGUGUCUCUUGCCAUGGCAUGCAACCACGUCACGCUGAAGACAAAGCUCGAGUGGAAAGGAGGCAGCACUGCAUUUUGGAAUAUGGGCGGCCUGUUCAGACGGUGACAAAGCUGAACAGAGACCGUCUCUUGAAAAACUUUGCGGACUGGCUUAAGACAAAGGGAAAUUGCCUAGCCACGCUGCUGGAAGGGGCCUACAAAGACCCAGAAAAGCUGAACCGGCUGCUUUCUGAAUAUGGUAGGGCUCUUUUUGAUGCGGGUAGGCCGCCAGAGACAAAGCUAUGGCGCUCGUCCCCUCAGCUUUUGAGAAAUCGAUUCAAACAGCUUCUGGCAGCUCUUUUGUUGCCAGUCAACUCGAAGCCUGACCGGAGGACGCUGGACCUUGGCAGCAUGCGAGCGGGAGGAGCAACACACCUUCAGAUGCUGCUGGAAGAUGCAGAGCUUACGAGGCGCAGAGGUCGUUGGCUCUCUGCGCGCACCAUGGAGAUCUACCUUCAAGAGAGCGCUGCAACCCUUUUCUUCCCACAGCAGCCACCGGAGACAAAGAUCAGGAUCAUGCAAGCUGCCAAUGCCUUCACAGGUAUGCUGGAAAAAGUGCAGUUUUUUACACGAAACUUCAUUCCUCCAUCAACCUGGUUCUUUUUGGUAGCGGCGAAGUCAGAAUCAAAACAGAUGGGACAGAAUGGGAGACAAAGAGACCCAUGGGAGGACGAGGCACCCAUGGAACACCCUGCAAAGCAGGGAGCGACAGAGAGAUGCAAACCGGAGACGCAAAAGAAGGGCAGCCGAGCACCUGAGAAUAGGCCUUGUCAUUCGGGGGUCGGCUGUGAGGCUGGCUUCCUCCAUGCCACCAAGACACGCGCAGAGGAGGGCAGCACCAGCGGUGAGAAGGGUCUGGAGAAAUCACGCCACUUUCGAGCCGGCGUCUUCUUUGUCACGGCCGUUGUAUAUGUGAAUGUGCUGCUCUUGAUCUGGCCGAUGACGUUCCCCAUUUUGCAUUGCUUCUUCAUGCCCAAAGAGCUGCUCGCAGUGCUGAUGACCUUAGAUUGGAGGCUCUUCCGUUGGGCCUUGGCGGUGCUUUGCGCCAUGCUAGUGGUGGAACUUGUGCAGAGCCAGUUGAAGUUGGCCAGGACGCUGCACCAUGUAGGUCUGCUGACCUGCUUCUGCCUGAUGAGUGGCAUCCCUUGGAUCUCCCACUAUGACCUACUCCUCUUUGCCACGGCGCCCUUGCUCUACAUGAGCUUCCAAUCGAUGAAAUGCCUGGAAUACUUCGCCCUGUCCUACUUCUACAUGCAGACGCGCCCCGGCAGAGGCACACGUCUCCUGCGUUGGAUGAUGGUCUACAGCUCGACCGUUUCGGUCUUGGGACAUCUUAGCAUGAUCUGCUUCUACUGCGAGUUCAUGCCCUACUUCCAGGCCUGGGCUCCGGUGUUGAUCCUCUUCUUGCUGCAGAUUUGCCUCGCAGCCGAUGCUUGA